AUGCCUUCAGCUGCGAAUGCAAAGUCUGAAAAACCUGCUUCUUCGGAAGUAGUGGAUAAUUCACCAAUAAAACAGAUAAUGACGCUUAUCGAACACAAGAUACGAAACUUGGAGAAAAGAAAGAGUAAGCUAUCAUCUUACCGUGAACUGCAGAAGGCCGGAAAAGAGUUAAAUGGUGAUCAAAAGGUUGCCGUUGCAAAGUAUGAUGAAGUAGCUCAAACAUUAGAGUUUGCGAGGGACCUUUCAAAACAUGUGGGUACCAUUGCCCUUUCAGCUGAAAGGGAAGCAAAAAAGCAGGCAAAGCGGGAAGCUUGGGUUCGCUAUACUGUCGAUACCAAUAAAAUUCGGGAAGUUCUUCUGGUAUUGGACUGUAUUAUGCAAAUGGGCAGUACUGAAGUGCGAAAUGAUUUUCUAAAUGGCACCAAUGGCGCGGUAAAGCUUACAGAAGAUGAUUUGAGAAUUCUGGAUGAAUUAUACCCUGAAGUGACUCCCAAACAUGAAGAUGGUCAAUCUGGAUUUCAUGCCCAAACUGUCAAAGCAGCAGAACAUUUAUACUCUAUUAUUGAUGGUAAACCAAAGGAAAUACUGGGCACAACGUAUGCUCAUAUAAAGGAACUUGUGACAUUAAUUCAUGAAUGUAGAUACUUUGACAAGACACCUGAAGCACCUGUACCAGAAACAGAGGCUGGUGAUAAUCACAUUCCUGAAGAAGUGCUAGCCCCGGCACCACCACCACCAGAGCCUUCAGAUGAAGUAGAACAACCGGCACCUAUGUAUCCUCCUCACAUGGGUAUCCCCACAGCCCCGGCUCCAAAUGUGGUACCAGCACCAGGAUAUCCCAUGAGUCGACUCCCCCCCAUUACACUCCAAGAAGUCGAACACGCCUACUUCGCUCAACAGUAUCCUCAACAAAGGCCCAUAUCUGAAGUCAUAGGCUCCCAAAACUUCUUUUUUCUACAGGAAUCUGAAAUAGACAGCCCCGUCGGAACACCACAACCUCCCAUGAUGAAUCAGGCUUCACCACCGGCACCGAUCCCCACUCAGACGUUCACAAAUCAACACUUUGUGCAGAUCCCCCCAAAUCACAUUCCAGAAGGUAACAUAACGAUGCCGCCGCAGCCCCACUACCCACCGCACCCCGAGCACUUCGCGGGUGUGCCCUUGCCCAUUCCUGGCCAUCCACAGCCCCAUCCCCAGACUCACAUCAUCCCUCAACCACCGCACCCUCAGGCGAUGCACGCUCAGCAGCAUCUUCCCCCUCAAGGAAUGCCGGCGCCGAUCAUGCAUCCGGAGCCCGUCCAACAAAACUCAGUCGAACAGGCUCCGGCCGACGAGCACGAGGCGCAAACGCCGGUAGAAGACAAAAACGACACAGAAGAGAAAGAGAGCAGAAGUCUCGAUCGCGAGGACGGCGAUCGCAAGACUCAAGGCCAGGGCGACGGACAAAACAGAUUCAGGCGAUACCGCGGUGGCGGCAGGGGAGCCCCCAACGGUUACCGUGGACGCGGCAACUUCCAAAACAGGCAAAACAACGAUGGAUACUACAACAGACACGGAGAAUACCAGAAUAGGCCCAAGGACGGGUACCACAACCGGCAAUACAACGACAACUAUCAAAACAGACACAAGGACUACCAGAGCAGAGGAAACGACGGUUACUAUGGCAACGGCGACACGGACAGCCACCAGCAGACAGAGAACGGUCGUGACAGAUACGGGGACUCUCAAGGCUACCAGGGUGGCUUCAAGAGCCGCGGCAGGGGAGGCGCGCGGGGCUCGGGGCGGGGAGCCGCUCGUCCGCCGAGACCGCACUACAACCGCAAGCAGGAACACGUCGAAUAA